GUUCAGAGGAAUCCGAGGGGAGAGAGAAGCGAGACGCCCUAGAAUCCCACGCGAUCUUGAAAUCGAAACCGAAACCGAAACACGAAGAGAGAGAGAGAGAAGAGGCCUGAAUCUGAUCGGAAAAAUAGUCCCACAUCGGAUAAACGAAUAAAUCAGUUCCGACCUCAAUGAUCAAAACCUAGAAUCCCUCCAUUUUUGGUAAAACUUCCGGAGGAUGAAGGAGGUGGUCGUCCACGUGUACGACGUAACCAACAGCGAAUCGCAAAAAACCAACAACACAAUCCUCAGCAUCAACAGGAUCUUCAAGGACGGUAUCGGAAUCGGCGGGAUCUUUCACAGCGCCAUCCAGGUCUAUGGUACUGAAGAAUGGUCUUUCGGGUUUUGUGAAUAUGGUAGUGGAGUCUUUAGCUGUCCUCCGACUAAAAAUCCGAUGUAUACAUUUCGUGAAACUAUUGUCCUUGGGGAGACGGAGUUCACAAAUGGAGGGGUGAACCAGAUCUUGAGGGAACUCAGUAGAGAGUGGCCGGGAAGCUCGUAUGAUCUGCUUUCCAGAAACUGCAAUCACUUUUGUGAUGAUUUUUGUGAAAAGCUUGGCGUACAGAAACUUCCAGCUUGGGUCAACCGUUUUGCAAAUGCUGGCGAUGCUGCCCUGGAAGUUGCAGAAACUACAGCCGUUAAGCUUAGACAAGCAAAGGAGGAAAUAGUCUCAGCCAGCAAAGUGGCCUACAGAUUCUUGGCCGGUGUGGCCUCAAACUCAUCAGUCUCACCAAGCAACACAGAUAAUACAAACAAUGGCAGCCCAAGAUUCCAGGGUGCCUGGUUCAAGAACCUCAUCUCACCCGCUCCCAAGCCAUCAACCAGCACUCCUCCAGAAGAUUCAUCAUCCUGUUCUUCAUCAUCAGCAACCGAUGACGAUCAGUCACUUGAACAUCUUAGAUCAACAGGACAACUGCAGUGCUACCGUAAUCUGUAGACUUAACGAGAGGUUAGAAAUACUUAGAUGAUCAUUGUUGUUAUUACUUAAGUUACAUGGUUUGUUCUGAAGAGAAUCUUGAGUCAUUAUAUAGAUCAGAAGAAAACUAAUUUUCGAAUCUUUUCAAAGAAGUUUUUGUUUGUUUUGAUGGAAAUGUAGAUGCUUGGAAAAGGAUUGAAGGUAUCACCACCCUUUCACUCUUUAA